AUGUCUGAACAAUAUUUGCAGGUAAACGGCGCCAAUCUUUGUUACGAGGUUGAAGGAAGCGGUCCUUAUAUUGUAUUUGUCGCUGGUGGAAACGGUGGCCACCGGUUGUUUAAACGAAUUCGGGAUCUCUUAGUAAAACAUUUUACUGUUGUCUUGUACGAUCGGCGUGGUUAUUUUCGAAGCGAGCUUACAGGUCCUCAAGAUUAUACUAGAGUUAUUGAUGAUAACGUUGACGAUCUUUACAGCCUAAUGAAACAUGUUACAAAUGAGAAGUUUAUAAUUUUUGGUAUUAGUGCAUCAGGUCCCAUAGUGUUCAGAUAUUUGGUCAAUUACCCUGAAACAGUUUCUACAAUGUUCAUACAUGAGCCGUUUUGGUAUCUCCAAAACUAUUCAAAGACGAAACAGGUCCAAGACUUUCAUUAUCUUCUGUAUAGAGUGUUCCAUUACGAAGAUAGAAACGCUAGUAUGAAAUUACUUGGUAAGAGCAUUUUUAAUGAACUGGAUUAUCAGAUUUUAGUUCGCAAUCAAAGAAAUGACAAGACGAACAACUGGAGCUACUGGCUUGAGCAUGAAUGCUGUGAAAGUCCGUUCGUAAAACUAGAUAUGGAUCUGGUAAAAGUUCAUAAAAACAAGCUAAUAUUUUUGCGUGGUGAAGAAUCAAACGGAUUUUCUAUAUCCGAACCAGGAGCCUUCAUUGCAAAAACCUUAGGAAAAGAUACAUAUCUUUUACCCGGUGGUCAUAUUGGGUUUUAUACUCACUCCGAAGCCUUUGCCGUAGAUUUUAUUAACCUUUGCCAAGAAAGUACACGGUCUCGAAAAAAAAAGGCUUUAGGAACAGUAAAUAUAAUUGAUGGCAUUAAUAUUAUUGCCAAAAAAUCACGGGGUAUUCUUGGCGCACCUGCUGGCGCACCCAAAUCGGGCUUUAAAGUAUAA